CACAAAUCAGACAGAGAUAAAUACCCCUGGCUCUAUUCUGUGAGGUGCUUUAUGUUUAUUGAAACUUCAUCUAGAAUCUGAAGUACACAACUGAAAACCAUGAGGUCAUUUCAGUAUGGGCUCCAACCAAAGCAGCGACAAGCUCCACUGUAACCGCUAUCUGAACGGAAAGGGUCCUCCAUCACUGAGGACUGCUGUCAGUGCAGCUAAUGAUGAGGUGAACAGGGUGCACAGAGGACCGCAGAGCAGCCAGCCGGAGGGCCAGAUGACCUGGGUGGUCCUCCACAGAGACCUGCCGGGGUUCCCUGAUGACAACACAAUACAGAUCAACUACAUCUUCCCAGACGGGAUACAGACUGACAAACAUCCUCACCCGGGCCAGCCUUAUGGAGGGCUGCGGCUCUGUGCUUACCUUCCUGACAGCCGGGAGGGAAAGAAGGUUCUGAAGCUGCUGGAAAGAGCCUUCUACCAGCAGCUCCUAUUUACUGUCUCCACCAACACUGACGGGAAGGACACAAUCACUACAACCUCCAUCCCCCUCAAAACACAACCAGACGUAGGAAGCGAAGUUGAUGGCUACCCAGACCCGGACUACCUGAAGACUGUGAAGCAGACCCUGAGAGAUCAAGGCAUCGAGUAGCAGAUCAAUCAUCCUGUAAUCUUGAGUGUUAUCAUCAUGGCUUUGCUUCUUUUCUGUUUCAAAUGUAUUUAUUAUCUCGUGUUUCAGUCCUAACCUGUGCUGGUGUCAGACGUGCAAUGAUAGUGUUGUUUUAAAAAUAUAAACAGUGGUUAUAAAGUUCUAUUUAUGAUGACGAACACCAAGUUAAGAGUCACAGAAAUAAAGAAUGACUGAUCACUUCCCCUUUA